GUGGCAGAAUUUAUCGAUGAGCGUCCAGCCGAAGUGAAGCUCAUGGAGGAAUUCCGAACAAGCGCUAAAUGGAAGCUUCUGGGAGAGCAGAAUGAAGACUCACAAAGUUCGGAUGUUUCAGUACCUGCCAAAUCUGCCACGAGGAGACAGCGGCAUGACUCCCCAGACAAAUCGCCUCUGAGGCAGCAGCAGCACGAUUUCCCAGAUCUGUCCCCUCCCAGACGAGAGAGAAACCAUGCCGCCAACCUGUUGCCUCCCAGGCGACAGCGCCACGAUUCCCCGGACCUGUCACCUCCCAGGCGACAGCGCCACGAUUCCCCGGACCUGUCACCUCCCAGGCGACAGCGUCACGACUCCCCCGACCUCUCCCCACCAAGACGGAAGCGCCACGACUCCCCGGACCUGUCCCCUCCCAGGCGGCAGCGCCACGACUCUCCGGACCUGUCACCUCCCAGGCGGCAGCGCCACGACUCCCCGGACCUGUCACCUCCCAGGCGACAGCGCCACGACUCCCCAGAUGUCUCUCCAAAGAGAGUGGGAUCAGCAGCGGGGAAGAAGGGCUGCAAAACCACGGAGAAGUCACAGUCAGGAGGAGUCCCAAGAGAGCAAUCUCAGCUCAGGCAUGGCAUCUCUGACAAGUCCUUUUCACGUCAGAAGCGUCAGGCUACUCCGCAGCUGUCCCCUCCUUGGAAGAGGACGUGUGGUUCUGACUCGGAUUCGUCACCACCUCAGAAAAAGAGAACUGGGUCACCUAGCCUGAAAAAGCAAAGCAGAACAAGAGGUGCUUCUCCAGCCACAAAAAAGCUCAGCCAGGUGCCCUCGCCUCAGAGGUGCCUGAGGCACGACUCUGACCCUCCUUCUCCCCGGAGGGGUACCUGGGAUGCUCCUGAUGCAGACCGCAGGCUGGGCCGAGUACGCGGCGAUUCCCUGAAGCGUGCUCCUCUCAAACAGCGCCUGAGUGAGUCUUCGGACUCCGACUUAUCUCCUCCACGACGGCCUCUGCCCGCUGGCAAGGAUCAGCUCGGUUCAAGGAGUCCCCCUGACCUCUCACUUCGUCGCCACCGUGACCCUAAGGGCUCUCCCAAGAAGGCAAACACGAUGUCAUCUGGGAUCAAGGCUGGCUUGGUGUCGGCUGAUGUGCUGCGCAGGGAACAGCAGGAGCUCAGGAGGCACGAGAGAAAUAACAAGCACUUGGAAGAGGAAUCCAGACAUGCUGAGACAGUUUUCCGAGACAAGUCGGGCCGCAGGAGGGACCUGGAGCAGGAGCGGCUGGAGCAGAGGCAGAAAGCCGAAGCCAAGUCUGAGAGAGACGAGCAGUACGCCAGAUGGGGAAAAGGGCUGGCACAGGACAGGCAGCAGCAGCAGAACGUGGAAGACGCAGUAAAGGAGAUGCAGAAGCCGUUGGCGCGGUACAUUGACGACGAGGAUCUGGAUCGGAUGCUGCGGGAACAAGAGAGAGAGGGAGACCCCAUGGCUGACUUCAUCAAAAAAAGGAAGGCCAAAGAGAACAAGGAGAAGAAAGAAAAACCUCGGUACAAGGGGCCAGCACCUCCACUCAACAGGUUUAAUAUAUGGCCUGGCCAUCGCUGGGAUGGGGUGGACAGGUCCAACGGGUUCGAGGCGCAGCACUUUGCUCGGCUCGCCAACAAGAAGGCGGUGCAGGAGCUGGCAUACAAGUGGAGUGUUGAGGACAUGUAG